AUGUCCUACCCAACGCAGUGGACUGCACCUAAUGUGGCCCCACCGGCUACUAACAUUUCUGCUCAGGGUGAAGUUAUACCAAACACCACCAUUUUCAACGCUUUCCCUUCGAACGCUCAAAUUCGUCAUCCCGCUCCUCCUAUGCACGUACAAAUAAAUCAGGCUCAUUCAAACCAAAACUCCACCAGUUUUUGUCCCGCAGCUCCUGGAGGCUACCCGUUCCUCUGCUCCCCUCUCAUGGCAGCUUUCGCAGCCCAGUCAGGUGCUGUACAGUCUCGUCACACUCCAAGCUUUUGUAUUUCUCAAACGUCUCCCCAUGCAAAUGCUGCCGCUGCAGCAGCAGCUUUCAGAGGUACUGCACUACUCUCUUCUACAACCUUUCAAUCCGCGCCCCCACCACCACCACCAGCACAAACUCAGCAUCAACUAACCCAACUGCCCUACUUUCCCCGUUUGAAUGGGAUCCAGCUGGGUGCGGCAUUCCCCGGGGCUGCAACAGCUCCCUCUUUCCCUCACACCCCUGCCCUCCCGCAACAACACGCUGUUCCCUUUUUGCCAACUCAAUUUCGCAACUAUGAUUCCCUGAAGCACUUUGGUGCUCUUCCUCAGUCCACGAAUCACAAGAAGAAUAAAUCCAUGACAACGUCGAAAACAAAUUUGUACAUAACGGGACUUUCUGAGUCCGAUACUGAUGAAACCGUUCGAGCUCUGGUUGAAGAUGUCGUAUGCCCAAAGUCCUGCAAAGCCAUGCUUCUUAAUGGAAAGUGUAAAGGGUCUGGUUUCAUCGAUUGUGCAACGGAGGAGGACGCAGUAAAAGCACUUAAUCAUCUCGUGGAGAUGUCAAAAAACGGGGGCCGGCAGCUUGUGGUGAAGUAUGCUUUAGAGAACGAAAAAGAUCUUCUAAAUGUCUAUGUACGAAAUCUUCCCAAGACGGGCUUCACAAAGGAAACUCUGUUGAAUCUCUUCCGACCCUAUGGGCAAGUGACCUCGGUUAAACUACUGGAGACCGAUGGAGCUUACACGGGCAUAGGUUUCGUCAGGUUCGCCUCAGCAGAGCAAGCGCAGCGGGCCGUAGAUAGCAUGAAUGAAAGGCGUUACGUCUUGGCUGGUGGUAAUGGGAACGGUGACUCACCGAACGGUAACGGCUCCGCCAAACCGAUUAGCUGCAAGUUAGCGGACAAGGCGGAUCCAAAGCGGCGCGCUGCAGCGGCCGCAGCUGCUGCAGCAACUGGUGUUGCCGCCGGUGUCUCUUCCUCGUCCUGCACUGGUCCUUCUCGAGGGAGGUUUCACAUCCCACGCCAUUACCAACCCCCACCACAACAGCUCGUCUGUGGUGAUCUGCAUUUACAGAAUCAUCAGCAACAACAGCACCAGACUAUGGCAGCAGCUGUGUCUACGCUCUCCCCUAGCCAACAGCUUCAGCCUAGUUUGAUCUAUCAAUCUGGCAUGAUCUCCGCUGCAGCAGCUGCUGGCGGCUAUGUUCACGCAGCUGCUAACGGUUCGGCUACUGCCUGCUAUCCAAAUCCACCCCGUCCCCCCACCGAGGUCCAUGAGACAUCGCUUUCUGUUGCCGCCGCUGUAACUAAUGUCAGUACCACAACUCCGGGCGCUACGCCCUCCGUCGCAGGUCUCCUGGAGAUGCCCGCACCUCAAUCCCCUCCCACUGGUCACCAGCAGCAACAUCAUCUUUUACCACAGCCUCCCCCCGUGAACGGCCACUCACCGAUCGCAGCGAUUGACUCGCGGUACGCAGCUCACUUGGCCGCUGCCGCUGUUGUUGCGGCUGCAGUCUCCAGCAAUCCCGUAAUGUACUCUCCGUCCAACGCAGUAGUUGCUGGCACUCAGUUUCCACGACCAACACAACCGCCUUUGGUUCAGCCCACAUAUUCAGUUGCGUCUGCAGGUGUUGCUGGACAUCAUCAGCACCACUACGCUCACCCGAAUCCCAUUGAUCUCACUGCCGAUCAAUUCCAAUCUCUGACUCUGGCAGCUGUUUCUGCUGCAGUUCGCCAGCCACAGCAGUUCUAUUCCGAGUGGCAAACUGCAGGAUUUCAGCCAGCCUCAAUGGCCGCCGGUGCUGCCGCAUAUCAACCUCCCACCAGUGGAGAAGCUUUUGUGGAUGGCCAUUCUGCAGCAGCUGCAGCAACGCUUUUGAGCAGCUAUUUGCAAAUUCCGCAUUCGGUCCAGCCGCCGCCACCACCACCGCAGUUGUCGAUGCCUUCGACAUCGCCUCAGAUGGUUGAUAACUUGGGGCAGCAGCAAGACCAGUAUGAGGAGAAGCAAAAACAGUUAUCCAGUGAGGCUAGCCCUACAUCAGUGAAGAAGUUAAAAGCUGGUGACGAUGAUGGUGUUAAGGUCGACGGCGAAGCUGCUGAAGUGGUGACUUUGCCCGAAUCCGAUGAGAGGGGAAAGGAGGAGGGGAGAGCCGACGUGGAGGCAGAAAUUGCUGCUUCCUCCUGA